AUGGGCGCGGCGCUGGCCGCGGGGCUGCUUGUGAGGCUGGCCGUUCUCUACGGGCUGCACCAGGCGCGCCAUGCGAUGCGCUACACCGACGUCGACUGGGUGUUCACGGACGCGGCGCGGCUGGUGAGCGAGGGGCGCUCGCCUACGGGCGGGCCACCUACCCGCUACACGCCGCUCCUCGCCUGGCUCCUGACGCCCAGCGUGUUCCUCGCCGAGCCUUUCGGGAAGCUGCUCUUCGGCGGGGACCUGGCGGCCGCCGCCGUCGCCUACCGCCUGCGGCGCCGAGGGGCCGGGGCCGGGCGCGCCUGCGGGUGCUGCGCCGCUGCCUGGCUCCUCAACCCGCUGCCCAUGGCCGUGUCCAGCCGGGGCAACGCCGAGGCGCUGGUGGCGCUGCUGGUGCUCGCCACGCUGUACUGGGUGGAGGCGGGCAGCGUGGGCAAGGCCGCGGUGUGCUACGGGCUGGCUGUGCACAUGAAAAUCUACCCCCUCACCUACGCGCUGCCCAUCGCGCUCUACCUGCGGAGCGAGGACGGGGCAGUGGAUGCAGGAGGUGACAGAAAGGCGAGGUUUACGUUUGUGGUGCACAUCUGGCAGCUGUUUGUAAAGAUGCUGAACUGCGAUGUGCUGCUUUUUGCUACGGUUGCCGGAUCCGUGCUGGCUGCCUUGACGCUGGCGUUUUAUCACCUCUAUGGCUGGGAGUUUUUGGAGCAUGCCUACCUUUACCACGUGACCAGGAGGGAUAUCCGUCAUAAUUUCUCUCCCUAUUUCUACAUGUUGUACUUGACAGCAGAGAGCAAAUGGAGUUUUGUCCUGGGGCUUGCAGCUUUCCUGCCCCAGUUGCUUUUGCUCCUGGUUGUGUCUGUAGCGUUCUACAGAGACCUUGCCUUCUGUUGUUUCCUACACACUGCUAUUUUUGUGAGUUUUAACAAAGUAUGCACAUCCCAGUACUUUGUCUGGUAUCUCUGCCUUUUGCCCCUCAUAAUGCCUAGUAUUAAGAUGUCUUGGCGUCGUGGUGUGCUGCUUCUCUUGAUAUGGUUUGUUGGACAAGGCCUGUGGCUUGCUCCUGCAUACUUUCUGGAGUUCAAAGGAUAUAACACUUUUUUAUUUAUAUGGUUGGCAGGCUUGCUUUUCCUUUUUAUUAAUAGCCUCAUAAUUGUUCAGAUUAUUUCACAUUAUCAAAAAGAAGCACAAGUUACAAAAAAACUCAAACAAUGGUAAUAAACAAACCAAAAUCCAGAAACAGCCCUUCUGUCCUUGACAAGUCAUUACAUACCACCAGCACUUUGUUUAACUAAAUGUGUGUGCCUUGUACUAAAGCACACUGUAUGUAAACAUUACUAUUUCGGGGUGGUGAGGACACUGAUUGGCCUCACUUACCCUGAGAGCCCCAGUCCUGCCCUGAGUAGUGUCUGCAGGUGUACCUGUCUUCCCUGUGGAUCUUGAAACUGUGUUGCAACCUUAUCUCCAGCACUGUCUCCGAGCCCUGUGUCCUGCUGCUCCUGACUGGACUCCGUGGAAGUAUCCUGGACCAGUUCAUCAUUUAACUGAGUCUGAGACUGUGAGUGGACUCUGUUAACCCAUGUCCCCUGACUUGUUUUCACCAGCCAUCUCCAAAGACAGUGUGACUGUGCCCCGGUCUGUGACAGUAUGGCCUGUGCUGGGAUCACCCCCAGUUCCUGUUUGUACUCCCUCAUGGACCAGCCCCAGCACCCUUAUUCUUACUUUCAGUGUUACUUUGCUUGUUGAGGACUGUGGCCUCUGUCUGGAAUAAGACAAAAGAUUAUGAAGGAAUAUUGGAGUUUGACAGUUUUGUACAUUCCAGUAAGUCAGUGAGCUGUUUUGCAAGGGCUAAUAAUGAAUGAAUGUAAGGCAAUCACUUAAUAUGUACACUGGAAUUUAUUUUUUCUUUUGUUUUCACAGUUACAUUUUAGCUAUGCAAUGUUUGUGGCCUGUACCUGGUCUUUAUUUGGAGAAGUAGUAAAAAAGUGAUUAUUUCAAACGAGUCAUUAACUCUUUGAGACUUUUAUUUUAGAAUUCAGAUAUGCCACCCUUUCACUUACUUUUGCAUUUGCAGCGCUGUUUGAAUUUUUUAAUCGAUUUGUUACCCUUGCCAUGGGGGAAGAUUUUUCCAUAUACCUGUCACGGAGCACAGAGAUGUAUAAAACAAAAAUAUCUGUUUCUUUUUGCCAUGAUCUAGAAAAGAGACCAGUGCCUUAAACUGUGGUUCAUUGACAGUUACUGUGGAUAUUAACAGUGGAAAAUGCUAAGAGUCAAAGUACAGCUAGAAUGGUACCUGUGUCCCAAAAGCAGUAGGGUUUAUACCAAAACAGUAAUUAGAAAUGAGUUUCUCAGUAGUUCAGUAUCUCUACUACUAAAAAAUAAAUGAAAAAGUGAAAGGAGUUGAGGAAGUGGAGCAGCUGUCAGAAGAAAAGGAAAGUUUUGAAAUAGGAAGCUGUACAACCUGUCAAUCUUGUUUAUUCCCAGAUGAAACAUAAGAUGUGGAAUUAAGUGUUAGUGGUAGUGAGGGUUCAGAGCCAUUUCCCUUGAGAGUCAAUACCCUCAAGAACAUCCCACAGGAGGUCUGUAUACACAGCAUUUGACGGAGGUGGAAACUGGCUAGGUAUUUUUUAAUACUAUCUAGUUUAAAUAGGCGUAUGCCAAGUACAAGAAUUUUCAUAUUUGCCUCAGCAUUUAGUUACAUCCUCAACUUUUAGUUAAUGAAACCCUUAGUGUGUAAUGUGGAGCAGAGCUUCAAGGCAAAAUAACUUCAGCCCAGUGGUGUGAGUGGGAAGGGGUAUGGCCAAGUGGAUUUGCCUUCCAGGUUCAUUUUGGCCAUGCUGCCUGACUGAAUCCUGCUGUCUCUUGAGGCAGGACUGGAGCAGCUCCUAGCUUUCUCAUGUAUAGGGUUUUCUUUCCUGGUUGUAGUUGUACCUUGUGAGGCAGAAUUACAGUAUUUUCAUCUGUGAACUUUUCCCAUUGCUUCCCAGCCCCAUUGAGGUGGUUAUGAGAAAGGAGAGGAACCCCCUAAGCCCCAACAGCCCAGAGCCAAAGGGCAUGUUAUCAGGAGGUGUGAUGAGUUCCUUACACCACUCUGGCCCAACUUGGCCAUUCUGAUGU